GCUCCGGAAUCGCCGCCGGGGGAGGGAGCGAGGGGGCCGGGCACCGGGCGCAGAGGCAGGGGGAUGGCCGCGGAAGGGUCGAGGAGGCCCGGCGGACAGAGGGCCCAGCCCUGAUCCAGAGAAGGGGCCGGGGCGCCGGGUGGGGUGGGGGGCAGCAGGCGGCGGCAGCAGCGGCCGCGCAUCUGGAUGGAAUCGAGCUUUGUCCAGACCACCAUGGCUCUGGGGUUGUCCUCCAAGAAAGCGUCUUUCCGCAACGUGGCCGUGGAGCGUAGGAACCUGAUGACCGUGUGCAGGUUCUCUGUGAAAACACUGCUGGAGAAGUACACAGGGGAGCCCAUCGAUGACUCAUCUGAGGAGUUUGUUAAUUUCGCAGCCAUUUUAGAGCAGAUCCUCAGCCACCGUUUCAAAGGUGGGCCCAGGUUCCUGCCCCUCGUCACUCAGCCCUCCCAACUCCCAGCCUUUAGCUUCCAGUCACCCCACUCUGAUAUAUUCCAUGGCUUUCUGAACCCCCUCAUUGACCUUGGCCUUCACCAUGAGCUAUGCACAGAAGCUCAG